CGUCGAGAGUACUGUGAAAUGACGCUGAAACUUCGUCCGCGUUCGCUCGCUUGCUGCUUCCGGCGAUGAGCUGUCGUUGUGCCCCGAUCUUGUGAUCUUGGUCGUCGACAGUACUCGGAAAGUUCGGAGGAAACUUCCUCCGAAUACUCAACGAGGUCGACACGUGACCGACAUUACACGUGACUCAGCAUUGGCCAAAGUUUCGCCGAAAGUUCACCCGAGGCUGUGCGGGCAAUGCAGCGGAUGGUGGGGACCACCACCACCUCGGAGGCUCGGACUGAGGAGAAGCGAGCAGCGGUAAUCCUUGGCUUUCGUCGGGAAAGCCAAGCCAAGCCGGAACACACCCGCACGACUUUUUUCACUACCUCCUCCUCCUCCUCCUCCUCCUCCCAAAGCAGCUGCGUCAACGGAAAAGCUCCUUGUUACAAUAAGCUGAGUACGAGGAGACGGCAGCCUGACUUAGAAUAUACUCACACUAUCAAUCCAUCGGGCGAAUCUGGCCGUAACUACCGUCAGGUGCAUCCAGGAUACUAGUAGAUAGUAGAUACCUCGGUAUCCCCUUCGCGCAGUGAAUGCCCCAGCAGACAAACUGCAGGAGCGGAAAUGCGGUCGAUGGAGAAGAGGGGACGCGAAUGAACGAACGAGAGAGAGAGAGAGAGAGAGAGAGAGAGAGAGAGAGAGAGAGAGAGAGAGAGAGAGAGAAUGACUGGCGGUAGAGAGUGGAGGGAGAUCGGAAAGGCAAAAAUGGGAGUGAACGGGAGGGAGCUAAAGCGAAAAGGAAAAAAGAAAAGAAUUCUAUGUAAAAGCAGAAUUACCCCAUCGCAUUUGCAAAGGGGACUGCGAACGAGGGAGGGAGGGAGGGAAGGAGGGAGGGAGGGAGGAAGGGAGGGAGGGAGGGAGGGAGAGAGGGAGGAACAGUGGAGAUCCUAGUAAAUGAGACCCGUCGGA